CAACAAUUAUGGAUUCAGUUAGAUUGUGUUGCUCUUCAGUUUCAAGCGUCUCUACCCAGUGUAAUCAUGUCGCAUCUGGAACAACAAUUAAAUGAUUCGCUCUGUGUAAGAGAAAAAGAUUCGAGGCUGCGUCGUUUGGUGAUAGAUGAUCCCGAUACGAUUGACUUUAGUUCAAACGAUUUUCUGGGUUUAUCUCGUAGUGCAAAAAUGCGAAAUGAUUACUUAAACGAACUGAAUUCGAUGCCACAAAUAUUGGGAUCGACGGGAUCUAGAAUUCUAACGGCAAAUUCUAAAUAUGUCGAAGAUUUGGAACAAUAUCUGGCCACUUUUUAUCAGGCACCAUCAGCGUUAAUAUUCAAUUCGGGAUUCGAUGCUAAUUACAGUUUAUUCAGUACAAUACCACAACAAGGCGACAUAAUUCUUUAUGAUGAAUGCAUCCAUGCCAGUGUUCAUGACGGAAUGCAACAUUCUCGUGCCGGUCAUCUGAUACCAUUUGCCCAUUCGAAUAUUUCCGAUCUGAAACGGCACAUUGAUAUGUUGAAGAACACCCAACAGAAUAUAUUCGUUUCCGUCGAAACGGUAUAUUCGAUGGAUGGUGAUGUGGCACCGUUAACAGAAAUUGUAACGCUACUGCGUUCGUAUUGGCCAAAUGGAGAAAAUGGACAUUUAAUUGUCGACGAAGCUCACGGAACGGGUGUCUUUGGUGACCAUGGGCGUGGUGUGGUACAACAACUAAAUUUACAGGACAAGAUCUUUGCCCGGCUUCACACAUUUAGCAAGGCGUUGGCUAGUAAUGGCGCGGUCAUUCUUGGAUCAGAGACACUUCGACUGUAUUUAAUUAACUAUGCGAGGCCGUUCAUGUUCUCUACGUACAUGCCAUUUAGUGGCCUAGCAUUGGUGAAGACUGCAUAUAAACAAUUAGAGUCAGAAGAGACAGUUAAGGCUCAAAAACACUUAAAUGACCUUAUACGACACUUUCGUGAAACUAUUUCGUUACCAUCUGUUGGCAAACUGAUACCGUCUACAAGUGCUAUACAAGGAAUAAUAUUGAGUGGUGCUGCUGCAAUUAAGACGUUUGAGGAAUAUCUUAACGGAAGGGGAUUUCGUGUGAAGGCGGUCGGUUUCCCUAUUGUUCCUAAAGGUGAAGAGCGCAUAAGAAUUUGCUUUCAUGCCCAUAAUACUGUUGCAGACAUUGACAAUUUUGUUGAGAGCAUUCAUCAAUUUUUUCGUAUUUAUUAUUUCCAACCAAAGGUGUAAUGUGCAGGGAUGCUACACGUAUAGUUAAGUCAAAUGUCCAAAGAGAUUCUAAUAAAAAGGAAUUUUUUGAAUUUCACA